UUUUGGCUGGAGGGCACGCCUGAUUGGUAUAGUGGUAACUAACAGAGAAAUUUCAUCCCACACCAUCAAGGCAAACGUAUUACGUCUCGUGCAGUCUGUGAAAGGAUGUGAUUUUCAAUAUAUCGGGGUUAAUAAGUUCAUCAUCACUUUCAACCACCCCUUGGAUCUCAAACACGCUAAGGAAGGUAAUCCGUGGCUCUUGGAUAAGAAUGCACUGCUCUUCCGCGAUCUUCACGCCGAAGAUGAUUCGAAUUGGCUCGAAGUCAAUCUAAUGUCCAUCGUAAUGAGAUUCCAUCACCCUCCUAUUAAACAACGAUCAUUGGGAAUUAUUCAGCAAAUUGUGAACCGGAUUGGAGAGUUUCUUGAGGUUCUGAACCUGAAACAAAGUGAUGUUGCUCAGUUUAUAAGUGUGAAGGUUCGACUUGAUGUGACCCCAUGUCUAAAACGAGGUUGUUUCUUCAUGCUACAGAACGGAACUAGAAUCUGGGUGGCGUUCACGUAUGAGCGACUACCAAAAUUUUGCUUUCUAUGUGGGAUUAUUGGGCAUGGGGAACAACGUUGCCCUAUGCGCUACGAAGAUAACUUUGUGGAUCCGGGGGAGGACCUACCUUACGGAACAUGGAUGCGUGUCUCGAAUUACAAAGAUGUUGACAAGCCCAGACCCCCCUUGAUUGCUGUUGCACCAGGAAACACACCAAGUGCUUCUAUUUCUCCUGAAUCUAGCAUGCGAGACAAGAUACGGGACAAGGUUUUCAGCUGGAUAAAGAGAACGAUACUCGGGAAUCAGAAGAGGAGAUCACCCUGA